GAGGUCAUUUAUAACAUGCAACAUAUUGGUUCAGGAGUUUGUGUCACAAUGAUAUGUUCAGAUAUUUGUGAACUAACCAACAAGACUGAGUCCUGCUGUCCGGAGUGGAAUGUUGCGCAAAAUGAGACAUUUUACCUUUGCAACUGUACUAUGGCCAAAUGCAUUGAAAAUAACACUAUUGAAAUAGUUCCAUAUGAAUGCCCACCUCUUGAAGACAUUCAGUGUAGCAAUGGAAAGAAACCAGUUCCGGUGUAUGAUGAAUAUCACUGUUGUCAAUAUAUGGCUUGUGACUGUGUAUGCGAGGGCUGGGGAGACCCCCAUUAUAUAACUUUUGAUGGAUUAUAUUACAGUUAUCAAGGAAACUGUACAUAUGUUUUGAUGGAAGAAAUUACACCAAAAUACAAUCUGAAGAUUUAUAUUGACAAUGUUUACUGUGAUCCCACUGAAGAUGUGUCCUGUCCUCGAUCUAUAAUUGUUUCAUACAGAUCACAUGUUAUAACACUCAAGAACCAUAAUCUCAUUGGGGCUGCACAGCUGGAGGCAAUCAAAGAUGGAAAUCCACUACCACUACCUUACUCACACGGAGGAGUUAAGAUUAUGACUACUGGGAUAAAUCUCGUUUAUGAGAUCCCCUAUCUCAAAGUAAUCAUUACAUUUGGUAUAACUGGAUUUACCGUAAACCUUCCAUAUGGAAACUUUGGCAGAAAUACCCAAGGCCACUGUGGAACCUGCACCAACAACCAGGCCGAUGACUGCAUGUUACCAGGAGGUCAAUUGGCUGGCAGUUGUGAUGUGAUGGCUGACUAUUGGCUGGCACAAGACAUUUACCAACCAAACUGCCAGAUACCUUCUAUAAUGCCCACCAGCAAACCUGAACCUCCUCCAACACUGACUCCUUGCAAGCCAGACUCAAUGUGUGACAUGAUUCACAGCAGUGUGUUUGCCAAGUGCCACUCGUUUGUGUCACCGGACAGAUUCUAUCAGGGUUGUGUUUUUGACAGCUGUCAUGUUGCCAAUCCAGCAGUUGAAUGCACAAGUCUACAGACGUAUGCUGCUGCCUGUGCCCAGGCAGGAGUUUGUCUGCACUGGAGGAAUCAUACCACACUUUGUGGCAGUAAUUGUCCAUCGGACAAAGUAUACAAACCUUGUGGCGCUGUUGAACAGCCAACCUGUGAUGACAAUCCAAAUGAGCCCACUUUGAACUUUACCACAGAGGGUUGCUUUUGUCCUGAUGGAAUGAAGCUCUUCAAUAAGGACUCCGGUAUAUGUGUCAGUAAAUGUGGAUGUCUGGAUCCUGAGGGCAAUCCCCGAGAGCUCAAUGAAAGGUUUGAAUACAAAUGCCAAAGCUGCAUCUGUGAGGAAACCACCAAGACUGUGACUUGUAAACCAAAAGUGUGCCCUCCACCACCAAUCACAAACUGCUCAGGCCCUGGAUUUGUACUCAUCAACCAAACCAAUCCUUCAGAUCCCUGCUGUUCCACUUUACUUUGCCAAUGUCAGAGCAACACAUGUCCCGUGUAUAGCAUGAACUGUCCAGUUGGAUACACACCUGUUUUUGGUGUCCCAGAGGGAGGAUGCUGUCAACAGCUUACAUGCGAGCCCAAAAGAGUUUGCGUCCACAAAGGAGUUGAAUACCAGCCUGGAUUACCUGUACCUGGAGUGGUCCAAUGUCAGGACUGUUCCUGCACCAAUAAGGUGGACCCACGCACUGGUCUGUUUGAAAUAAAUUGUGUGUUCCAACAUUGUAAUGAAAAAUGUGACAUGGGAUAUGACUAUGAUGAGCUUGCUGGGAAUGACUGCUGUGGAAAGUGUGUCCAAACACACUGUAUUUUUACUAUCAAUGGUACGACACAUAUUUUGAAGCAAGGAGCAAGUUGGUCUCCAACAACGAAUAAGUGUGAACUUUUCACUUGUAUAAAAAGUGGUGACAUGUUCACUGCUAUCCGUUCAGAAAUUAUCUGCCCAGCCUUCCAGGAAAGCAUGUGCCAGCCUGGCACUAUUCAAACUGCAGCAAAUGGCUGUUGUAAGACCUGUGUGGAGAGGGGAAAAGCUUGCAAAUUGAUGUCUAUGAGAACUGUUGUCACUCACAAAGACUGCCAGUCUUCAGAGGCAAUAGAAAUACCAUACUGUGAAGGCUCUUGCAACACUUUCACCAAGUACUCCGCCGAAGCAGCCCACAUGCAGCACUCGUGUGCCUGCUGUAAAGAGACUCGCUUCAGCAACCGCACCGUGGACCUUCUCUGUCUGAACGGUGAUGUGGUUCAUCACUCGUACAUCCAUGUGGAGGAGUGUGGCUGUGCCGACACAGACUGCACCAGAGCUGCCCCACUGGGGCGCAGGAGAAGAAGCAUCUCAUUGGUCUAA